AUGGAAACCGAGAACCGUGGACGACAUUCAACCGCAGCCAUGAACAAUGCCAUUCCGCGGAAUGGCGGCUUCUGUGGUGCACUGCAGCGUGCGCCGCCGGCAAUGCCGCCGGGCCUGGCGCGACGGCUCGCCAGCCGGGAAUGCUAUGGCGUUGGCAAGGUCAAAGUCAUGCUGCGCGUCGCCGACAGGGCGGACAGCGCCAACGAGCCCGACUUCAUGUCGCUGGACAAGAAGAAACGGCAGGUGACACUGACCGAUCCAAAGAACGUCUGUGCACCUCAGGCCCAGGAGCGAGCGCCCAUGGUGGCAGCGCCCAAGAUGUUUGCAUUCGAUAAUUUAUUUACCGCCGAGGAUAAACAGUCGGACGUCUGUGCGGCGGCCUUAAGCGAAGUAAUACCCGCCGUGCUGGAGGGCUCCGAUGGCUGUCUGCUGGCCAUGGGCUAUCCGGGCACGGGCCAAACACAGACGGUGCUGGGCGAGCUGGGAGCUGGAGCUCUGGGCGCAGCGGCCUGUGCCAUUGCCUGGCUGUACAAGGGCAUACAGGAGCGACGACAGAAGAGCGGUGCCCGCUUCUCGGUCCGGGUUAGCGCUGUGGGCGUGAAUGCGACCAAACCGGAUGCUCUCUCCACGGAUUUGCUCAUCUCGCAUGCGGCUGAAUCUGACGACUCCCCGGGGAUUUAUUUGCGUGACGACUUCCUUGGCGGCCCAACGGAACUACGUGCACCCACCGCCGAACGUGCGGCAUUAUUUCUCGACUCCGCGCUGGCCGGACGCUUAAAAAGUUCCGGUCCCGGUCCCGGCGCCAAUUCCGGCAGCUCCAGCUGCAAUUCAAACUCGACACAAGCAACGCUGGAGUCGGCCCUCAUCUUCACGCUGCACGUCUACCAGUACAGCCUGUCCCGCAAGGGAGGUGUUGCUGGCGGUCGCAGCCGUUUACAUAUCAUCGACUUGGGCGGCUGUGCGAAUCGCAGCGGUGGUCUGCCACUCUCGGGAAUUGGCAACAUACUGUUGGCCAUAUUGAGCGGGCAGAGGCAUCCGCCGCACAAGGACCACCCGCUGACGCCGUUGCUAAAGGACUGCCUGGCACCCAUCACCUGCCAUGUGGCAAUUGUCGCACAUGUCCUGCACGCCCAAUGCUACCAGGACGCCCUGUCCACCAUACAGAUUGCCUCGCGCAUUCAUCGCCUGCGUCGACGCAAGCAUCGCGCCAUGCCCAUGCCCCUGGCUGUGGGCCUGGCCCAGAGCCUGGCUAUCGGCGGCGGCGGCGGUGGCUCCUCCGCUGGCUCCGGCGCCGAUCCAUCCAGCUCGGAGAUUUCAGCGGACACUGUCAUCUAUAUGGGACCCCACGAUGAUGCCACCGACGGCGAACAUCCACCCGUUUAUCUGCCCUCGCUCAGCCUGAACACCACGGACAAUCGCGGCCUGCUCGGCAAGCCAACAGCUCAACCUAAAUCAAACUGUGCCAGUCCGCUGAUGAAGAAGGCCGCCAUCGAGAAGGCCAAAAAGCUGCAACCUUCUGUGAGCUCCACUGGCAGCCUGAAGCGCCAUAACUCUGCCGUCGCAGCUGCUUCCUCCUCCUCCUCCCCAAUGAACGCACACAGUGGGCUGGCCCAUGAGCUGCUGCCGCCGCCGGGCUCACCCAUUCCUAGACACAUGUGCUCCAAGGCCUCGAAUAUGCCAACGCCGAAGGGUUCGCCGCUGCGCCGGCCACAUGGCAACGCGCCGGGCGCUGCACUGGAGCAGCUGGAGGCGGGCAUGCGGCAAAUUACCGAGGAGCAGUGGAUUGACGGGCCACGUGUGUCCCGGGCCAAAGUGGCGGAGGCGCGUCACCUGAUGCGCGAGGUCAACCAUGUGAAGCAGUGCGAGACCUGGGUGGACGGACCCAAAUCGCAAUCGUGUCGCUCCCUGACCGCGGGCAACCUGCCAACGGCUGCCCAAACGCAGGGCUACGGCUUUAUGGAUGCGCACAAAAAGACCAUGAUACGGCAGUGGGUAGAGAACCAGACGACGCAAGUCUUCCAGAGCGCGGCCAGCAGCGUCUCCGCCAGCAGUUCGCCCACGGCGCUGCAUCUGAAACUGUCGCAGCUUAAGCAAAAGUCGCUGGAGCUGCCGGAGCGGCCUGUCUUCCAGCCGGAGCCGGCGCCGGAGCUGCCGCCGUGCCUGGACAGCCAGCCGGAUGGCGAUGAUCAGGACAGCGGGCCGUCGGAGGUGCCGCCCGCGCUGCCGCUGCUCGACGAUCCGCUGGGCUCGCGUGACAUCUCCCACGACAGUCUGCAUCGUAUGCUCUCGCGGCACGUUUCGCGCGAGCAGCUGCACGAAUCGGAACUGGCCGCCGCCAGUCGGGCUUCCUCCGCAUCGCAGCAUCCCUCGUCGCAGCGCAGCAUCGACUGCGGCCUUCAGGUGACCGAGGAGGAAAUCGCACGCACCAUGGCGCGCAGCGAGCUAGAGCAAGUGCAUCCGCUGGCUGCGCUCAGCCACUGCGACAACCUGUCCUUUGUGUCCAGCUUCAACAUGGCCUGCGAGUCCUUCAGCGAGUGUGGAGAACGCGCCAGACACCAGUUCGAUCAGCUGGCGCGUCUGCACGAGAUCUUCACCUCGCAGCUGGCCAUGGCGGAGGUGACGCCCUCGGCGGCGCUCUAUCGCACGGAUGUGGGCAGCGUGUUCAGCGAGCCCGCCUUCCGCUUCAAUGUGGGCCAGAGCAGCGUGUGCAGCGAGCCGGCGUAUCGGCUGACGCCGAGUCCGCCCAAACAGCCAUCGCACAGUCCCAGCCAGGGCUCGCUGCCCAGUUUGAAUGGCAUCAUGGAAAUCGCCGGCAUGGAUGACUAUGCGCUGCUGCGCCAGCCGGAUGGCGCCUCGGAUCCCAGUUUGCCCAAGAGCGAGAAACGUUUUGCGCCCCAGCACGAUGACAUCUCUGAGCUGGAGGAGAAGUCCGCGGCAGCGGCGGCAGGCGUAGGAGCCGGGCUGGGCAGACGCAGCUCGCUGGAGGAUGCGCAGCACAAGCUGAACGAGAUCACGAAUAUAUUGCCGCUGGCGGCGCAGUCGCGUCUGCCGCUGCUGCCGCUGAACACCAGCUCGGAGGCAUACGACAGCGGACACGACUCCUCGACGCCGCGCACCUCCAAGCAUUCGGGCAUAUCGCGUCGCGCCGAGAGCGGCUAUCACAGCGUGGCCACGGUGCGGGAUUCGGAUGAGAGCAGCUUCGCCUCGGGCAUGUCGAAGAGCCAGCGGCAUCGCAUUACCAUAUCAGGUGGCGGCAAUUAUCAGCGGCAUGGCAAGAAGCGCCAGCGCCAGGAGGGCAACAAGGGUCUCUGCAACUGGCUGCUGCAUCCCUUCUCCUGCACCUAUCCAGAGACUGAGGGCGAGAUCAGCGACUUCUAAAAUGCCAGCCAAUCGAGUUGUCCACACCCACCAACUGAGAGCUAGUCCAGCAUUUAAAUGGCCAAAGAAACACACACACACACACACACAACACACAUCAUCCAGACAUAUGAUGGAACCUAAUCCAACAAAAAAAAUCAACCCCAUAAAAACCAGCGACUGAUUAACUUUUACUUGGCGCCGGCUGCCACCAACGAUUUUUAAUUGGAGAAAAACAAAAUCCAUAAAAAGAAGAAAAAACAAAAAAAAAAAGUGAAAACUAAUCUAAUCUAACCCAACUACCUAAUUAUACCUAUGCUAUAAAGAAGGCGCCAUAAACUCACUCACUCACUCACUAAUACAAACGGGGCUUUAAGUAUUUUAAGUUGCCAGCUAGCAUAAAGAGAAAAUUUCGCAUUACGGGUAGUCACGAUGGAAGAAAACAAAAGGAAUUUAAACAGCUUGACGACGCUUAUUAUUUUACUAGAGGUAGUCCCAAAGGUAACACAAAAAAAUAUAU